AAGCGGUGAGAAUAGCCAAUGGAAGUUCUGGAUAUUGGGUUGUGAGGCGGUGGCUGUGCGCAGUUGCUACAGCAGCAUCAACUGUAGACAAGAGCUGAGACCGAAAGAUGGAGGAUUUUGAGGAUUUGGAAGGCCCACCUCCAAAUGAGGAUCUAAUUGCUUGCAAAAUAUGUGGGAGAAGUUUUUACUCUGGUGUACUUAAGAAGCACUAUCCUAUUUGCCAAAAAUCUGCUGCUAAAAGGAGGAAGGUUUUUGACUCCAGCAGACAGAGGGCAGAAGGAACGGAUAUCUCCACUGUGAAGCCUUUAAAACCUAAGUUACACAGUACAUCCUGCAAGUCUGAUAAACCCGAACCACCUAAGAAACAGUCAAACUGGCGCAGGAAGCAUGAAGAAUUCAUUGCCACCAUCCGGGCUGCUAAGGGCAUAACUCAAGUCAUGAAAGACGGGGGUCCUCUUCCCCCACCCCCACCCCCAUCUUAUGACCCAGAUUACAUCCAGUGCCCUUACUGUCAGAGGCGGUUCGGCGAAAACGCAGCCGACAGGCACAUUAAGUUCUGCAAGGAGCAAGCAGCGCGCAUCCCCAACAAGGGCAAAUUUCCAGGAGAGGCCAAAGGGAAGCCCCCGGCGAGGUCUCAGUGCAAGCCCGCCCCAGCGAAGAAGGCCGGUUCCCCCGCGGCGGCCCCCGCACCCGCCUCCUCCGCCACCGCCUCCCGCCUGCCGCAGCGCUCCUCGCCCGGGCAGUUUGCUGGAGGGGUUCCCGCGACCAGAACCGCCUCGGCCGGGUCUGUGAAGAGCAUGUCCUCGGGGUACUCCCAGUCUCGGACCAGCCCCGCUGGCCUAACCAGCCCUCCGUCCGGGAUAAAUAUGAAAUCUGGAACAGGAACUUCUCCAGGAUCUUUGAAGAAUACAUCAUCUGGGGUUGGAAUGAAUCGAAAGAAAGCCUACAAUGCAGAUAGCUACAAUUCUAGGAAUCAUGCCAAAAGUGGGGGUGAAGUGGAUUACUCUUCGGCUCAGCAAACCAAGUUCUGUCAUGAAUGCGGGACCAAGUACCCUGUGGACUGGGCCAAGUUUUGCUGUGAGUGUGGCGUGAAAAAGAUGUGCAUUUAAGUGGAAAAGAUAUCAGUCCAAUAUGCUGGUAGGCUUUUAAAAAUAGUGUUAUAUUGCAACAAACUUCCCUCAUAAUUGCUUGCCCUUUCGAAUAGAAUGCCAGUAACUUAAAUAUUACUUCCUCCCACUUGUCUCAUCAUAAAAGUGUGUCUUUGAUGUGCAAUAUGAUUGACUACUAAUUAAAUAUGGGAUACAUCUUUAAGAAUUUAUUUCUAAAUGUACAGAAAGAUUAAGACCAACAAUUCCUUUGAAUGGGACCACAGUUCAGAAUCGUGUAAUGGAAAUUAGGCCUUAAUGAAUGAAAUGAGAAAGUCAAUAAAAGGCUUUGGAAAGGUCCUGUUACUCUUUAACAUUUACUAUAUAUGUAAUCAUUUUAAUUUAAUAUGAGGACUAUUCCUCUAAGUUGUAGCUCAUGUAAUUAUUUCAUUUAAAAGGCAAAAGACUACGACCAAUAGGGACCUGUGAUAAAUUGCUUUCGAGUUUAUCAUUUUUUAGCAAAUGAUAAAUUGACAGAAUUUUUGAAUAACAAAAUUGGAAUCACAUUUUAUUUAGGUUGCUUUUUAACUUAUUUUUUUGUAAAAUGCUGCAGAAAUCAAAUGUAUAAUGUUUUUGUUUUCAAUAUGUAAAUUGAAUUGGUAUUCGGAAAGAAAUGGGGUUGAUUACAUUUGCCCUGUGCAUAUUGGAAUUUAAUUUCACAUGUUUUUUUUUUUUUUUUUUCUAGUAUGUUUCCAUAUGUGUGUAUGAUAGUUUCAGAAUCAGUUUCUAAAUUCGGAAAAGACUAUAGCGAAUGUCACGGAAGGAAGGAUCGGUACCAUAUUGUGAAAAGCAAAUGCAAAAUGGAACACACAUAUGCAGAAAACCUUAAACAGUGUUGUCUGUCUAAAACAGGGGCUUUGGUGCUUUCUCUCAGUGAGCUUGCUAUCUACAGGCCUUACCAAUCGAUGUCAUUUUAAUUGACUGGCUGAGAACUGAUAUCGUCAAUAUAGCUGCUGGAAUGAAAACACAGAAAUGUAUCAAAUGCUGUAAUCUUAAGGUUAUAAUAAAUAACCAAUUAUCACGAA